AUGACAGGUGUCACCAUGGGCCUGUUUGGAGUUCCUGAGCUCAGUGCCCCAGAAGGAUUCCGUGUCGCCCAGGAGAAGGCGUUGAGGAAAACGGAGCAGCUGGUGGGCCGCGUGUGCUCUGUGCCUCCUGGGCCCCAGACCGUGCUCAUCUUUGACGAGCUCUCGGACUCCUUGUGCAGGGUGGCCGACUUGGCCGAUUUUGUGAAAAUCGCUCACCCCGAGGCAGCAUUCAGAGAGGCUGCGGAGGAGGCUUGUCGGAGCAUUGGCGCCAUGGUGGAGACGUUGAACACAAAUGUGGAAUUAUAUCAAAGUCUGCAGAAAUUAUUAGCUGAUAAAAAACUUGCGGAUUCCCUUGAUCCAGAAACCAGGCGCGUGGCCGAACUGUUUAUGUUUGAUUUUGAAAUCAGUGGAAUCCAUCUAGACGGAGAAAAGCGUAAAAGAGCGGUGGACCUGAACAUUAAAAUCUUGGAUCUGAGUAGCGCGUUUCUCAUGGGAACCCACUUUCCCAGCAAGAUUGAGAAGCAUCUCCUGCCGGAACACAUUCGGCAUCACUUCGAGCUGGCCGGGGACCAUGUGCUGGUGGAUGGUCUGCGUACAGAAGUGCCGGAUGACUUGGUGCGAGAAGCCGCUUAUAAAAUUUUUCUUUACCCCAAUGCUGGUCAACUGAAAUGUUUAGAAGAACUGCUCAGCAGCAGAGAUCUCCUGGCAAAGCUAGUGGGGUAUGCUACAUAUUCCCACAGAGCUCUCCAAGGGACAAUGGCUGAAAGUCCAGAGACUGUCAUGCAGUUCCUUGAGAAGCUGUCUGACAAACUCUCGGAAAGAACUAUGAAAGAUUUUGAGAUGAUACGAGGGAUGAAAAUGAAACUAAAUCCUCAAAAUUCUGAAUUAAUGCCUUGGGAUCCCCCCUACUACAGUGGUGUGAUUCGUGCAGAGAGGUACAACCUCGAGCCCAGCUCAUACUGCCCGUACUUCUCCCUGGGAGCGUGCAUGGAAGGCCUGAGCACCUUGUUUAACAGGCUGUUAGGGAUCUCGCUGUGUGUGGAGCAGCCUGCAGAGGGAGAGGUGUGGUGUGAGGAUGUUCGGAAGCUGGCCGUGGUUCAUGAAUCUGAAGGACUGUUGGGGUACAUUUACUGUGAUUUUUUUCAGCGAGCAGACAAACCUCACCAGGACUGCCAUUUCACCAUCCGUGGGGGCCGAUUAAAGGAAGACGGGGCCUAUCAGCUCCCAGUUGUCGUUCUGAUGCUGAACCUUCCCCAUUCCUCAAAGACUUUGCCAACAUUAUUAACUCCUGGGAUGAUGGAAAAUCUUUUCCAUGAAAUGGGACAUGCCAUGCAUUCAAUGCUGGGACGGACUCGUUAUCAGCACGUCACUGGGACCAGGUGCCCCACUGACUUUGCCGAGGUCCCUUCUAUUCUGAUGGAGUACUUUGCAAAUGAUUACCGAGUGGUUCACCAGUUUGCCCGACAUUAUCAGACGGGGCAGUCACUGCCCAGAAAUAUGGUGUCUCGUCUUUGCGAAUCUAAAAAGGUUUGUGCAGCAGCGGACAUGCAACUUCAGGUCUUUUAUGCUGCUCUGGAUCAGAUCUACCAUGGGAAGCAUCCCCUGAGGAGCUCGACCACAGACAUCCUCAGGGACACCCAGGAGAAGUUCUAUGGCUUACCAUACGUCCCAAACACUGCCUGGCAGCUGCGCUUCAGCCACCUCGUGAGCUACGGUGCCAAAUACUACUCGUAUCUGGUGUCCAGGGCAGUGGCGUCCAUGGUCUGGAGGGAGUGCUUUCUCCGGGAUCCGUUUAACAGGGCGGCGGGGGAGCGCUACCGCCGGGAGAUGCUGGCGCACGGCGGGGGCAAGGAGCCCCUGCUCAUGGUGCAAGGUAUGCUUCAGAAGUGUCCUUCUAUCGAUGACUUCGUAAAUGCCCUUGUUUCCGACUUGGAUAUGGACUCGGAAACUUUCCUCGUGGAUUCUAAAUGA